CAAAUCCUCAUCCCAACCGGUCAUGAAUACCACCAACAUCUGAGAACUCAGAAUGCUCAUUUCGGGUCAUCACUACUCGUACGAUUGUCAUUCUCCCUUCAGGUCGCUGCUGUUCACGGACUGUGAGCCAUGCACACCCUGAGCUGCUCUCGCUGAAAACCCGAAUUCAACGGCACUCGGGUUGUGAACCCAGAGAACCUUACGGAACCAGUGAAGCACACUUGAUUGUGUGGAACUUUCCCUGCUUACUUGCUACUCUGGAUCCGGGUGGGUUUCAACGCGUAUCAUCGUGAGCAGAAGGAUGCACUGGAUUCAGUGAGAAGUCUCGAUUUAAAGUGAAGCUACACCCUUUCCGAGAACAGGGCGGGACGAGGACUGAACACCUUAUUACCGGAGGUGAAGUCGAAAAGAGAACCCAACAGAACACCAGCUUUCACAUAACCCGGCUGUCUGAGCACAGGAGAAUUGAAAGGCAAAAUCCCAAUAUCAGGUGAAACCUACACGAAGACAAAGAGGAGACCCAGACCCCCAACCACUCUGCACAUUUGGUGCUGGGAUUACUGGUUUGUUGCACAGGCCAGGCUCUGAGAAACAGGCAUCAAGAAUGGAAGGAGCAAGCUCCAGUCAACAGGGGCCUCAGUCUGAGAUUGCCACAUUCUUCACACUGGAGCAGCUCAACAAACUGAAAUCCCACUUUGAAGAAGGUGGGGUAAAAGGAGUUACUGAUCUGAUAAAGCAGAAGCUAGCGGAACUGGAUAAAAUAGAGCUUAACAUCGCAGUGACAGGAGAAUCAGGUACAGGAAAAUCCUCCUUCAUCAAUGCCAUGAGAGGACUUCGGAACACUGAUGAAGGAGCUGCUGAAGUUGGGGUCACUGAAACUACAAUGGAGCCAACCAAAUACCCACAUCCCAGUCAGCCCAAUGUCAGCUACUGGGACCUGCCAGGGAUUGGAUCAAUAAACUUUCCAGCUGGUGAAUAUCUCCAGAAAAUGAAAUUUGAAAGGUACGAUUUCUUCAUCAUAAUAUCAGCUGGUCGUUUCAAAGAAAAUGAGGGAAAACUUGCAGAAGACAUUAAACGACUUGAGAAGAAAUUCUACUUUGUCCGCACUAAGAUUGAUCUUGAUUUUUAUUCAAUGAGAAUGGGGGGGAGUAAAAUUAAUGAGAAAAAAAUGCUGCAUGAUAUUCGGAGUGAAUGUGUGAAGAAUUUGCAAAAAACAAGGAUUCUGACCCCACCUGUGUUCCUGAUAUCCAGUUUUGAAUGGGAUGAAUAUGAUUUCAAUCAGUUAAAUAAAACACUUGAAGAUAAUCUGCCAUAUAUAAAGAAAAGUAUCUUUGUCUUGGCCUAUGCAAACCGAAGUGUGGAGAUUGUUCAGCAGAAAAGCAAGAUGCUGCAGGAACGUAUCUGGAUGUCGGCAACAAUUUCGGGAGCUGUGGGAGCAGUCCCCGUUCCUGGUGUCUCUCUUGCUUGUGAUAUCGGCAUACUGACUGAGGAAAUAAUGUAUUUCCGUAAAUGCCUGGGUCUGGAUGGACCUUCUCUUCAAAAACUGGCCAACAUUACAAAUAAACCAGUGAAAGAGCUUAGGGCAGUUGUUAACCCUUCUCUGCUGGAGACAAUAAAUGAAGAUACAAUUGCAAGGUUAUGGUGGGGUGCUACAGCUGUUGCAGUUUCAGUUGCGGAAGUUGCUCUUGAUUUCAUUCCUGUCAUUGGUUCCAUUUUUGGCGCAGUAUCAUCAUUUUACAUGACCCGCAGAAUACUGACCAAUGCACUGAAGGACUUUACGGAGAGCGCAGUGAAGGUGGUGAAGGUAGCAUAUGGUAUUGAUUAACUGGUCAGCACCAACAUCAAUACAAUGAGCUCAUGUUAUGCUCUUGUUAAAAUAUUUAAGAAGCCUGGCACUAAACCCUGCUGUAAUUCUUAAUGACAACUUUCCCCUUUGUUGAUUUCCUUUCUGAAAUAUUGCUUAGCCAUUUCUGAGGAACACUUGUGCCUGACCGAGGGAGUGCGACUCUGUUAAAGAAGACAUGAAACAGGAGGACAUAGAUGACAUGUGAUCCUAAUUUGAAGAGGAGCCGAGAAGUUAUCUCCAAGUGUCUGAAUGAUGCUCACCUGUCAAUCAAUAGCCCAGUGUCAGACUGUUUGGACAUUAUAAGGUCACAGUGUAUGCAAUAUUGUUGUAUACAAACUAGUGGCUGUGUUUUCCCUUUAAUAUCUGUAACGAUCUGAUUGUGACAUUAUAAAAAGGACAAUGGAAAGGCAAUGAAAGAAAUUGGAGUAUCAAAUGAAACAGCAGCCAGAGACACAAGUGAGUUGCAGUCAGGAAUGAAAGAGAGCUGGAACAAAAUCUCAGUGUCCAAAGAGAAAAGAGCCUGACCAAUCGGAUUGUGGACCGUUUGGGCAGGAGCUCACAUACACCAGACCAUUGCAGCUUUAAAGGUGAAACUUGCAGAAAAUGCAUUUCUGGCAAAAAUAAAUGGACUGCACAAGGAAGACAAAAUGAUAAAAAGUCAAAAUGCAGUUUUAAAAAUUCUAUUAAUAAAAUAUGAUAAUGAUGAGAGUGACACUGGACUGGAUAGACAAGAUUUACAAUGUGAAAACUGACAAGAGACAUACAAAAUGGCUAACACCAGAAGUAACAGCAAAUUAAUUAAAAUGGAAUUGUACAAAGGCCUGGCUGUUUCAGUCAUUGCAUGCAGUUUGAAUGACAUCUCUGAGGUACCCAACUGAAGCCUGCAGACAUCCAGCUAAGAACUUAUACUGGAGAAAUGAUAACUCCAGUGGGAGUGACAAUUGUAACAGAGGCAAUAAUGAAUAAGACACUUAUGGCUUGUAUGUGGUUAAAAACAGGAGGGCCAGCAUUGUGGGGAUGUGAGUGGCUGAGACAACUACAACUUAGCUGGAGAUAUAUCCACCAUUUGCAUGCCACAUCCUCUGCCAGAGGGUCAAUUGAAAAUGAACUCAGAAAGGUACGGGGUGAUGCCACAGCAGUGUUCAAGGAUGGCAUUAGAAAUGUCAAAUUUAUCAACAGUAAAUGGUGUUAAAUGAAAAUGCUACACCUGAGUUUUAUAAAGUCCAUCUGGUUGCUUCUACCAUCGGGGAUAAAGUAGCCAGUGAGCUCGAUCAGCUGGAGGCUGAAUAACUGUUUGAGUGGAGCCCAUGGAUAACAGCAGUAGUUCCAGUAGCCAAGAAGAGUGGCCCUGACAAGAUCUGUGUUGAUUUUAAGGUCACCACGAACCCAGUCCUGAAAGUAGAGCAAUGCCCUCUGCCCAGGAUAGAGGAUAUCUUUGCAAACUUUUCUGGAGGGAAGUAUUUCAGCUGUGAACUUCGCAGAGGCCGACCAAAAGAUGGUGACAUCAGACAGUGUACUCACACAUUACGAUCCACAUCUUCCCAUGAGCCUUUCCUGUAAUGCCUUGCCUUAGGGUACAGAUGCAGUCAUGUCAACUCUUGACUGAGAGGCCUUGAGUCUGGUUUGGGGAGUAAAAUGGUACAACCACUACCUGUAUGGGAGAGAGUUUACCAUCAUUACUGAUUAUCAACCACUGGGGUCCAUUUUCAAUCCACUGAAGGAUAUUCCACUAACAGCAGCAGCACAAAUGCAAAGAUGGGCUUUGAUUCUUGGAGGACACAAUUACAAGAUUGAAAUCAAGAGGAUGACAAAUCAUGAUGAUUGUCCUGUUUAUACUUGGAAAAGGAAAUACCUAAACAAUUUACAAAAGAUUUGUAAUUUGCUCUUGAUUCAGACAAAGCACAUCUGAUCUGCACCACCCAGCAACAAAUGGUUUAGUGAAGAGGUUUGUCCAGAGUUUAAAGACUGCCCUGCGAUCAAUGUCAGCAGAACACAUUAUUCUAACACUGAAUCUGCUACCGAACUCAUAUGGCAGCUUACUAGUCGCUCAAAAGGCACAAAAUUUGACUAAAAACAUCAGUAAUUACAUCUCUUCUGAAGUAAAUUGUGGUAAAUCUGCACCACAAACAAAGAAGAGGCAUGCGAGGCAAAGCAAAUUCGAGGGUGGAACCAUCAUGGUAUUUUGCAGAAUUUAGGUGAUGUAGUGAGCCAUUUGGAGAGGAGAAAUCAAGGCAGGAGUGUUUUAAUGCCCGUACAACUGGCCCAGGAGCCAGGGUGGAUCGCUCUGGGCACCGAGCGAGUCGCUAGGCAGCGUGGCCCAGGCUUGGAGCCUUUCGGUGCAGCUUUGCCUGGGCCCUAGUGCGAGGUAUGAUACACUGUUUAGACAAUUUAAACACUGGCCUAGAUAUACUGGAAAGGCAGGGUAUCAGGAUCAGAAGCAACAGCUGAUAUUACUCAUCGUCCCGCAAUGACCACUGCUCUCUUCAUGGUACUGAGGCUAUGAAGACUGCCCUGGUGCUGUGCUCCGUACUUGCUAAUAUAAUGAACUGAUACUGAGGCUUUGGGCCUACUCAGGGCUGCUCUGGGGUUCGGAUCUCAGGACUCAUUUUGGUUCAGAAAGUUGCUGCUCACUUCUAUUGUUUGCACUGUUUGUGUUUCUUUUCCCUCUCUCUCUGUGCACCACGUGUUGGUCUUUAUUUUAUUUUAUUUUCAUUGGGUUCUUUUGGUUUUCUUGCCUUGUGGCUGCCUGUAAGCAAACAAAUCUCAAGAUCGCAUGAUUCAUACAUUCUUUGAUAAUAAAUGUACUUUGAAACUUGAAUCAGAAAUUCACCAAUUUCCUUUUUGCAUGUCAUAAUGCAACACACUCCACAACCCACAACUCACCAGCUAUUCUGUGGAUGUCUAUAGAGCAGUUGUAUUCUGUGAGUGGCUGGGUGGGUGAUAUUGUAAAUAUAUUGUUUGAUUAAGCAUUCUUUGUUUUAUUUAAUAAUUAAUUACGGGUUAUAUAAAACAGUGCAUGAAUGUCAUACGUCAUCACAUCACCACAUCGUAAGUGCACGCCUCAAUAAACAUAAAAAUGAAGGGUACACAUUUGUUCCUGUCUCCCCAUGUUUCUCUUCUGAUUAGUUUUAUGAUUUGGAAUUACCAACGAUAAGUGUUGUUCCUCCAACCUCAGAGUGGCCUCCGUAGAGGAGGCCAUGGACAGGCAUUUCAGAAUGGGAAUGGGAAGUUGAAUUGAAAUAGGUGGUCACCAGUAAAUCCCACCUUUAGUGAUAGACAGAGAGAAGGUCCUCGAUGAAGCAGUUCCCAUUCUACAUGAGGUCUCUCCGAUAUACAAGAGGCCACACUGAGAGCUCUGGAUACAGUAGAUGACACCGACAGACUCACAGGUGAAGUGUUGUGUCACCUGGAAGGACUGAUCCUCCCCGAUUGGUGAUGAGGGAAGAGGUGUAGGGGCAGGUUCAGCACGCCCAUUUGCAUGGAUAAGUUGUAGCAGGGAAAUCAGUGGAGAAGGAUGACUGGACAAGGAAGGCAUGUAAAGACCAAUAUCUAUGGGCAGGAUGUGGUGGGGUCUAGUGGUAUAGAAAGAUGUGCUUAGUGGUAGGAUCCCACUGGAAAUGGUGAAUGUUACAGAGAAUGAUAUGCUCGAUACAGAGGCUUGUGGGGUGAUAGGUAAGGACAAGGGGAACCCAAUGGGAAAAGCUGCAGUAUCGUCAGGAUAGUGGGAGAGUCACUAGAUUUAUAAACAAUAUCAGUAGAUUGACUAACUCCAGAGAUGGAUACAGCAUGAUCGAGAAGGAGGAGAGAGUUGUCCAGCUUGGACCAAGUAAAUUUAGCAGCAGGAUAGAAGCUGGAGGCAAAGUUGAUGAAACAGAUGAGCUCAGCAUGGGUGCAGGAAGCAGCACCAAUGCAGUCUUCAGUGUAACAUACAAAGAGUUGGGGAGGGUUACCAGUGUAGGCUUGUAUAUAAUGGAAAUUCAGACAUAGUUGGGUUUUUCGUGUGUGUCCAUGGGUACAUCUCGGGAUUGGAGAAAUUUGGAGAAGCCGAAGGAGAAACAGUUCUGACAAAGAAAGCAGGGGUGGUGGUGGAGCAGAACUGUUUAGGUCUGUUGUCCAGAAAGAAACAGAGAGCUUUAGAUUCAUCCUGAUGAGGGAAAGAACUGUAUAGGGACUGGACAUCCAUAGUGAAUAUGAGACAAUCAGGAACAGGGAACUUGGAAUAUAGAAACAUAGAAAACCUACAGCAUAAUGUGUGAUGCAGGAGGAAGAGCUGGAGAACCAGAAAUGUACAAAUUAGAACUAGACAGAAAAAUGAUUCCAGAUAUUACUGCCACAUUUGGAAGAAGUAGAGAAACCACAGUGAAUAGAGAACAUGAGAGAAAUUUGGAGGAGAUCAGUGGAAGAAGUCAAAAGUAAAAGCACUGUUGCUGUGCACGAAAUACCAAAUGUAUUUUAAUAUUCUCUUUGUAUGUUUCACUUCUGGUUCAUAGAUUGCAGGUUAUCCAUUAAUAGGAACACAUCAAGAGUUACAGAGAGAUCCGACGUGGAAACAGGCUCUUUGGCCUCCCAUGUCCAUGCUGACCAUCAGACAAACAACUGAUUACUUGGAGACCAGAAAUUAUAUUGUUUCCACCAGCACUUCUUGCUUCCAAUUGACAUUGAUAAAGGAUCGUCAGUGUUGCCUGUGAAGAAGCAGGUUUUGGAUGACACAACGUGAGGAUAGGAGAGGUGUGUAGUACCAAAGUGACAAUGAAUAAGUGUGACAAUGAAUAAUCUUGUUGAAAUAAUGGCCAGUGAUACACAUUGUACUUCAUACUGCUGGGGGUGUGAAGUUCAAUGAGAAUAUAAAUGUGUAAAGGUAUCUGACAGACGUAAACACCUCACCUGUAGAAUGCAGAGUAACGGACACAGCUGAUAUCUCCCAGACCACUCAGUCACAAACAUCUUUUCAUUACAAUGGUUGUUCAGAUAUUUGGUAGAAUUACCCUCUUCCAUUAGAUACGGGUCAUCCUUAAUGACAUGUGGAAUAAAGAAAAUGAUGACUCUACAAUCCAGUGAAUCAAAAUAACCAUUGAGAUAUACAAUGGGUUGUUUUCACCGUGUUGGUCAUUGAUCUACAAUAUGUAUCUUCACGUAUGAAACAUCUUCACACAAGUUUUUCAUUGGUGAGUUUCUGGGUCGAUGAGUCAUUUCAACAUUGUAACACUUUCACACAGGAGGGGUAAAGAAGCAGUCCCCAUGGAAAUUAUGAAACAACUUACAGAUGGCUAAAUCACAACUUUUAGCUGGCUGUCUCAGCUUCUAAAAACUGAGGACAGUUUUUUAAUAUUUUUAAUAUUUUUUAAUAUAUUUAAAUGUUUUUUUAAAAAAGUUUGAUUUAGGAUCAGCUGUGCACUGAAACAUUGAAACUUACAGUGAAAAGCAUCCUUUGUAUCAAUGUCUAACACAGUCUGAGGAUGUUCUGGAGACAGCCCACAAUGGUCACCAUGAUUCUGGUGCCAACAUAGCGUGGCCACGACUUCCUAACCCCAACCUGUACAUAUGGGAGGAAACCAGGGCAUCCAGAGGAAAUUCACACAAUCACGGGGAGUACGCACAAACUCCUGUUAGACAGCGUGACAAGAAUACACAUAGAUUAAGAUGUAGCUGUCCUGUGCUGGCACCAGUGGGAUCAGCAGUUGGUCUGCCACCUGUCUUCAGGAGAGAGAGAGAUAAGGAAAACAAUGGAGCAGCAUUCGGAGAUGUGUAAUGAAGGAGAAGGAGAGCUGUCAAGAGCGGCUCCCCCUUUGAACCCUGAACUGUUUGAAGUGAUGGACAGGCGAUACCCUAGCAGGGGUAUAAAAAGGGACAGGUUCGCUAAGGCAACACACACACGACACCCGAGGUAACGAGACCCUGGAAGCGGUGCGUCUCUCACAAGUUGGUGGGAAGUUUUGAAAGGCACGAUCGGUGGGAACCUGGUGUGUGUCCACCCUCGCCUGGGUGCCAGGUUCACUGCAGGGAAACGAUUCGUAUCUGGAAACGGAGGGGUCACGGUCGGUGACCUCAGAUGACAUCACAAAGGACUCGCCCGAAAGCUGACUGCGAAGGUCUGUGUCUGGAAUCCUUGAAUAUUCAUUCGUUUUUGCUCUCUCUCUCCUUCCCCCCACUGUCCAUCGCCACGGCAGCGAUUACUGCGAACUGAACUGAACUAAAUUGAACUGAACUUUGCGUCACUUUGAAACUGGUCAUUUACCCCUGGAAAACGAUAGAGCUUGAUUGAUCCUGUUAUCUUAAUUCUAUGUACAUGUAUGUUUAUCAUUGCUGAACUGUUGCAUUCAUUAUGGUUUUGAUUAGAGUACUGUGUUGCUUGUUUCUUUAAUAAAACUUUCUUAGUUCUAGUAAUCCAGACUCCAACUGAG